CUCCUUCUUCUGAAUCUCGUUCGAAGCGAUUAGGGAUUGACCAAAAAAAAAAAAAAGCGAUUAGGGUUUUGGCUUUCUUCUCUCUCUCCCUCAGACACUGAUCAUUUCCACUUCCAAUCUCUGGAAUCACGACACAAAGAACCACACAGCAACCGCAAUCGCCACCGCAUCGGAAAAUGUCGGUAAUGCAGCGAUUCGGGCGCAGCAAGAGCGUGGUGAAGCGCUCGAAGAAGUACUUGGAUGAAACACUGUACCUCAAGCUCUUCAAAGAUGGUGGAUCCGACCUCAACGUUCGCCAGCAGCUGAACCAGUUCAUCAAGAGCGGAAAGCGCGUUUACAAAUGGGAGGUUGGAGAUACCCUCAAGAAGCUUCGCCAGCGCAAGCUCUAUGUCCCUGCUCUCAAGCUUUCGGAAACCAUGGCUAAGAGGAACAUGAUCAAGACAGUCAGUGACCAGGCUAUUCAUCUUGAUUUGCUUGCAAAAACUAGAGGUAUCACUGCUGCUGAAAAUUAUUUUGUUAAUCUCCCUGAACCGACAAAAAAUCAUCUUUGUUAUGGUGCUCUUCUCAACUGUUACUGCAAGGAGUUGAUGACUGAAAAGGCAGAAGGUCUCAUGGGAAAAAUGAAUGAGCUUGGGCUUCCUUUGACUUCCAUACACUACAACAGCCUUAUGACUCUCUAUACAAAAGUAGGGAAACCAGAAAAGAUUCCAUCCAUCAUUCAAGAAAUGAAGGCUGGCAGUGUUAUGCCAGAUUCUUUCACAUAUAAUGUCUGGAUGAGAGCUCUUGCUGCUGUUAAUGAUAUUUCUGGUGUUGAAAGGGUCAUGGAUGAGAUGAAGAGGGAUGGACGAGUCACUGGAGAUUGGACAACAUAUAGCAACUUAGCAUCGAUUUUUGUUGAUGCCGGCUUGUUUGAGAAGGCAGAAGUGGCACUGAAGGAAUUGGAGAAGAGAAAUGCUUGCAAAAAUCUCUCUGCUUACCAGUUUCUAAUUACGUUGUAUGGGCGAAUCGGUAAGAUAUAUGAGGUUUAUAGGGUAUGGCGUUCGCUUAGGCUGGCAUUUCCUAAAACUGCAAACAUAAGCUAUCUGAAUAUGAUUCAGGUUUUGGUCAAGUUGAAUGAUCUCCCAGGUGCAGAAAAAUGUUUCCGAGAGUGGGAAGCUAGCUGCUCCACUUAUGAUAUUCGUGUUGCGAAUGUUCUGAUAGGGACAUAUGCAAAAUUAGAUAUGCUGGAUAAGGCUGAAGAGUUGAAGGAGCGUGCUCGGAGGAGAGGGGCUAAGCCUAAUGCUAAAACCUGGGAAAUCUUUUUGGAUUACCAUUUGCGAAAGGGAGACUUUAAGUUGGCAGUGGAUUCUCUAGACAAAGCAAUAUCAAUCGGUAGAGGUAAUGGUGACAAGUGGGUUCCAUCAUCAGAAUCCGUUGGUACUAUUAUGAAGCAUUUUGAGCAAGAGAAAGAUGUUGAUGGCGCAGAAGAAUUUUUGGAGAUUUUAAAGAAAUCUACUGAUUCUCUAGGAGCAGAUGUGUUUGAACCCUUGAUUAGAACCUACGCAGCUGCUGGUAGGACUAGUUCUGCUCUGCAACGACGAUUGAAGAUGGAGAAUGUGGAGGUGAGGGAAGACACCAAGAAGUUGCUUGAGGCUAUCUCUGUGGAGUGAUGAUUCAAUAACACUCUCACCCUUCAAGUCUUGAUUGCUGCUAAUUGAGAUGCUGCGGUCUUUCGACACAUUUUGCUUCGGUAAUAAAGUUUGAUAUUUUAAUUUAAACGUUUUGGAGUGGCUCUGAGACCAAGGAGGGCCUCUUAUUUGAAUUAUUGAAUUAUUAAGUACCCAGGGUUCUUGUUGUAUAGAUGUGCCUUGUGUCAUUUUGAAUGCUGUAUGUGCUAGUGAAAAAACAAGUGCAUCACAAACGGGAUCUGACAUUCAUUUAAGCUUAAAUCUUCAGCGGCGAGAGGUGAACUCAAUCAUAUCAGUUCUACAUCUAAAAAUUGUACUUUGUUUUUUAUGCAGUUCAUACUUCAUUGUGAUUUUAAUCUUAAAAAAUUCAAGAGUACAUACAGGAAUAA